CCUUGUAGACACAAUGGCUAGGCUCAACACGUUGCGUUCAGAGGUGUGAUUAAACUGUGGCAGAGGUCCUUGGAAUAAAUACUCUGCCACGUGCCAGGAGCGACUCUGUCCGUAUAGAGCCGGGAAAGAAGUAGGAUUGCAGGAUCUUGUGCUGAGGGAUUCCGCGUUUCUAGGUGCAGAAGAUGCCCCCGCAGAGUCAGCACGAUGUCCUCGAAAGGAGCCCUGAUGCUGAAAUAAAACCUCCAGAAGGAAGAGCGGUCAUUGUUUGGGGAAACGUAGCAUUGUUUGCGUUCCUGCACAUUGGGGCACUCUACGGACUUUACAUCGCAUGCUUCUACGCAAAGUGGGGUAGCAUCGUCUUCAUUCUCAUCGCCCUUGAGGUGAGUGGACUAGGAGUAACCGCUGGAGCACACAGGCUGUGGUGCCACAGAGCUUACAAGGCCAAGUUUCCUCUACGUGUCUUCCUCAUGCUAUGCAACAACAUUGCGCUCCAGAACUCAGUGUAUGAAUGGUCAAGAGAUCAUCGUGUGCACCACAAGUUCUCUGAGACGGACGCCGAUCCAACGAACAUCAAACGUGGACUCUUCUUUUCCCACAUUGGGUGGCUCAUGAGCAAGAAGCACCCCGAAGUGAUACGCAAAGGAAAAACAAUUGACUGCUCCGACUUGCUUCAGGAUCCCGUAUUAAUCUUCCAACGCAGGUACUACGUUCCACUUGCAACAACGUUCUGCUUCAUUCUUCCCACUGUCAUUCCUCACUGGCUUUUUGACGAAUCCUAUUGGAACGCGUUCUUCGCCUGUGCCAUGUUUCGCUACGUGCUAUCACUACAUGUCACGUGGCUUGUCAACGGAGUGGCCCAUCUGUGGGGCACCCGGCCGUACGACAAAAGUAUAGCACCUGCAGAGAACAUCCUCGUUUCUGCGGUAGCUGCUGGCGAAGGAUUUCACAACUACCAUCACGCGUUUCCUUGGGACUACUCGACGAGUGAAAUGGGAUGGAAGUGGAAUAUCACCACCAUGUUCAUAGACGCGAUGGCUGCAUUAGGUUUGGCCUACGACCUCAAGACUGCUUCCAAGAGUAUGGUGCAGGACAGGAUAAACAGGACGGGAGAUGGAAUGAAGAAGAACUGACUGGUGAUAGGUUGGUUACAACCUGAUUGUGAUUACAGAGGCAGAUAGACUCAGUGCCAGUGGAGGUGUAGAAAGCCGUGGAAAGCGUGUUCCUUGGGUGGCCCUCAAUCUUCAUUGUGUUCCGUCGCCUGUCACCCAGAGAAACGUCAAGAAGUAGGAUUACAGAAGCAUUGAACGUUUGGAAGGCAUUUGGGGGAGGAGCCCUAGGAGACUGGUGGUCAAGAAGAACUUUCUUCCUUAGGCAAAAUGUCCUCCAACCAUAGGAUAUUAGCCUUGUUGUUAAGUAUCGUUCACUACAUGUUAUAUUACGUUUUCUGAAAAGAAUUAAAAGCCUCAAAUUUUG